CGGCUGAGAUUGCAGUCAAGAGGAAAGCGGACAACUCAGCAUCCGGCCGUGGCAAGUGUACGGCAACGGAGUAAAUAGAGCACAUAGAUAUGAUGCCUCAGCAUGCGCGCCUAGAGUACGUGUUGUUCUUUGGUAAUGGAUAAAUUCUGUUCUCGCCACCUGGUCCCAGGAGUAUGAAAGUGAAUUGAACUGUUAAUAUUAAAGGAACUGGUCAGAGAGUUUGGAUAAUACCCAGCAGAAAAGUGCAACCAAAAGACUAUAUUCUGUUUUCGGCAAGGAUCAGCAAACAGGGCAUGUUUACAAUAUUGUUCUGGUGAGAAUCCUAAAUAAUACACAUAUUCAAUUUUUAAUUAUGAAAGGACAAAUUAGCUUGAUUUUGACCACUAUGAGGGAGCCCCUGGUGGUGCAGUGAAUUAAACCGCUGAGCUGCUGACUGAAAAGUCAAGGGUUCGAAUUCAAGGAGCGGGGUGAGCUCCUGUUGUUAGCUCCACCUUCUGUCAACCUAGCAGUUCGAAAACAUGCGAAUGUGAGUAGAUCAAUAGGUACUGCUCCAGCAGGAAGGUAACGGUGCUCUGUGCAGUCAUGCAGGCCACAUGACCUUGGAGGUGUCUACAGACAACUUAAAGAUCUUGUUAAACCACAACUCCCAGAGUUCCUUAAUUUAAAGACCUUGUAAAACUACAACUCCAAAAGCUUCUAUAACUUAAAGACCUUGCAAAACUAAAACUCCCAGUGUUAUCGACCACACCAGGAACCUAUCACUUAAAGACCUUGCAAAACUAAAACUCCCAGGAUCCCAGAAAUUAAAGAUCUUGUAGAACUACAACUCCCACAUAACCUAAAGACCAUACAAAACUACAACUCCCACAUAAAGGUAAAGACCCUACAAAACUACAAGUCCCACAUACCUUGACCUUGUAAAACAACCCCCACAGAACUUAAAAGACCUUGCAGAACAACAAGUCCCAGGUUCCCAUAACUUAAAGACCUUGUAGAAGUCGGCGUAGACUCAUCUAAUCUAUUUGAAGGCAGACAACGUGGAUUACCUGCUUUGAUGAUUUGGAUUAGAUGGCAGUGUAGAAGGGAGCCCCUCUCGUUUAAAAAGAAAUAAAAAUUAAUACAAAGGAACGAAUGGAGGAGCUUCCUUGGCGCUCUUAGCAGGAGCCGAGGGAAGGCGAGAUGGGGCCGCUCUGGGCGUGCUGGAGGCCUCUCUCUCUGUGUGCCUGUCUCGGCGCCGCUCUGCCCUCGGCGACUCUGUGGGCAGGCGGGCUCUUCGAGCGUAGCGGCGGGAAGAGAGAGAGACUGAGGAGUGGGGCGCCGCCAUGGCCAGAGUGUGGCAGCAUCCGUAUCUGAAUGUCUUUAAACACUUUAAAGUGGAGGAGUGGAAAAGGUCCACUAAGGAAGGCGAUGUGACAACUUAUAUGGACAAGGCUCUGAAAGGGACAGUGUAUCGCAUCAGCGGUGCAGUUCCCGCCAGUAACUACCUCCAGCUCCCCAAAACCAGUACGCAGUCCCUGGGCCUUACUGGUCGCUACCUCUAUAUCCUCUUCAAGCCGGCACCGGCCAAAUACUUUGUAGUGCAUUUGGAUGUUGCCACAGAGGACAGUCAAGUGGUCCGCAUCUCCUUUUCCAACCUUUUUAAGGAGUUCAAAUCAACAGCCACCUGGUUGCAGUUCCCCUUUAUUUGCGAAGCAGCCAAAGGGUCAGUCUAUGAAAAGACAGCCAAGACAUCCAAGCGAGAUCUGGUCGGCUUGGCCCCCAGCAGCGUGAGGUGGACUUGCCUGAUGCUGGAUCUCCGCUACAUUCUCUCGCUGUACUUGAACAGAGGCUACAGCCAUCUUAAGAGCGUCAAGCUCUGUGCCAACCUCCUGGUGAAAAACCUGUUCACUAGUGACCUGCUCUUUGACCCAGUUGUGACCUUCUCUGAGGUUCAGCAGUCCAGGCGGGCAUUACAUGGCGUCUCCCCCAUGCCCAGAGAAAUGGCUUUUCCUGUGCCAAAAGGUGAAAAUUGGCAUGACUUCUAUGAUUAUGUUCGGUUUCCUUCCGAUGGAUCCAAGAUGCCAUUUGAUUCUAUCCAGAAAGGCACUUUGAAUCCCGCAGCAGUUGCUCACGUAAAAGACAAUCCAGUCAGUCAGCUUCCUAAGGAAGUAACGCUGAGCAAGCCUGUUCGGGACAGGGUCUCUCUCAUUCAACAAAUUACUAGUCCCAGAGAGAGGCCCCGCCAGUCUCCCCUUCUCACCAAGAACGUCCCCAAAAUUGCCCGAACGGUCUCUGCACCUCUUCAGGCAGACCGCACAUGCUUCAGAGAAGGCCUGCAAUCCAGGAGUGAUUCUUUCCUCCCAUCAUCGCCAGUGGACGAUGGCAGCAUUCAUGUCUAUGCUCACAAAGAUGGGAGAGUGACUGUCCAUUCCGUCAGUGUUGAUUCUGACGAGACUUUGUACACACAGAUAACAGGGCCGAAGGUGAUAUCUGCCAGAAGUUCUACUCACUGCCUGAGGCUCCUGCCAGAUCCCAUCCUGAAGCUGAGGAAAAUCAUUGGAUUUGGAGGCUACACCACCAGAUGGGCUUUAUGGGCUGCCGGUGGCUCUGUGGUGGUCUACCCCUGCCAUGCACUGAUCAUAGCCAUAGCUCUGGACUCUGGCAAACAGACAUUCCUUGCUGGCCACACUGAUAAGGUGUCAGCCUUGGCGUUCAAUGGCAACAACACCCUGUUGGCGUCUGCACAGAUUGGGCAACCCAGCAUGAUGCGGCUUUGGGAUUUUCCGACGGGGAAGUGCCUCUGCAUGUUUAAAGCUGGCAUGCAUUCAGUCUCUUGUCUCAGUUUCUCAUACAGUGGGGGUGUUUUGUGUGGAACGGGGAAGGACAAGCAUGGGAAAACUGUUGUUGUUGUGUGGAAUACCAUUCAGGUGAAUCAUGGAGGAGAAGCUGUGAUGCUGGCCAAAGCACACACAGAUGUGGACAUCCACACCAUCAAGAUUGCCUUCUUUGAUGAUACCAGGAUGGUGUCGUGCGGCAGAGACAACGUGAGGCUCUGGCGGGUCAGGAGUGGAGCUCUGCGCUCGUGUCCUGUCAAUUUGGGUGAAUACCGGUCGCUGGACUUCACUGACCUGGACUUUGAGGCCGGCCAGUCCUCUCAGUGUGAACCAGAUGACCGGACCCUGUUUGUUUGCAGCAGGAGUGGGCAUGUUUUGGAAAUUGACUAUAAGAACGUCGCCGUCAGAAAUGCCCGUCGCCUCAUGCCGACUGAGGUGCAGCAUUCUCACCGGCGGGAAAAGCAAACGUUUAACUCCGGUCCUGGGAUUGCACUGAACAGCAUAUGUCUCUCUUCAAGUUUUUGUGCAACAGCCUCUGAAGAUGGCUACCUGCGCUUGUGGCCCCUGGACUUCUCCGAAGUCUUUUUGGAAGCAGAGCACGACUACCCGCUGUCUUCCGUUCGAAUCAGCCCAGAUAAUCUGAAGGUUUUGUGCACGACCGCCACUGGGAAUGUGGGCUGCCUGGACAUCCAGUCCAAGGACUACUGUACGAUCAUGCGCUCCCACACGGAUUCUGUGUCUGCUUUCUCCGUGGAGGGAUCCCAAAAGCAGCUGGUGACGGUGUCCCAGGACAACACCAUCCGCAUCUGGAACCUGGAAUCGAUGCAGCAGCUCUAUGAAUUCACCGCCUCUGACGAGAUGCCCUGCACCGUGUCUUUUCACCCCUCACAACACAUCUUUGCUUGUGGCUUUGACACCGGUGUGGUGAGGACCAUCAGCUUGGCAACCUCGAAAUUGCUGGAAGAACACAAGCAGCAUCGUGGUUUGAUCACUGGCCUGACCUUCUCUCCGGACGGCAAUUUCAUGUACAGCUGCUGCAGCCGUGGGACCUUGGCUCUUUAUAACUGUGCCAUGCAGAAAAGUCACAUUGUCAGAGUUCUGGCGAAUGUGGUGUCUCCAGACGCUGGCCACGGUCCCGAUGCAUUGUCCGUCAGUUGCGACGGGCAACUCUUGUCUUUGGUGGGGCCUUCCCAAUACAUUGUGACUCUCAUGGACGCUCACACCUUAGAUGAGCUCCUGAGAAUAGACGUGAGCAUAUUGGACCUGGACAGCACUGCUUUGGACGCGGCCAUGAGGCUCUGCUUUGCCCCUUUCCCUCUGGGCCAUCUCCUGGUGACAACGUCCUCCCAAAAGGUCCUUGUGCUGGAUGCCAAGACGGGCCGCUUGAUCAGAAUGAUCCCACAAGUACACAAACAGUCCUGCUCUUCGUUGGCAAUGAGCCCUGAUGCCCGGUACCUCCUGACAGCUGGCGACAGAGCGAUCAAAGUGUGGGAUUAUGGGAUGAGAUUUGACGUCAACUCCCAGGUGUUUAUUGGCCAUUCUGAACCCAUACGGCAGGUGAGGUUCACUCCUGACCAAAGACAAGUCAUCAGCGUUGGAGAUGCCAUCUUUCUGUGGGACUUCCUAGGUGUGUUUGCGGAGGAAUCCUCCAAGAAUGAAAUUCAUUCUUCUGAGUCCCUGAAUUCUCCUGAAAUUGAAUCUGAUCUGGAAGAACUGCAAGAAGAUGUCACCUCCAGAGCCACGGACUCUCCUCGCCAGUUGGUCCCUGUGCCGACCGUUGUGUCUCCUCCGUGCCUCGAACUCAGCUCUAUCCAACGGCUGGCAGAAGACAAGGACCUAUUUUCUGAAUCCGAAGAAGAGAAGGGGGUGAACCAGAAGGGCAAUGGAAAAGAAGUUGUCAAUGGGGACAAAGUCCAAUCAGCUCUUGGUUUGAAGGAAUCUGUCUGUAGCCUGGUGGCGAAGCCUGAAGUUGUCCAGCCGCAUAACCAGGCGGCAAAUGAAAGUGGAAAAGAAAACAAAGGAUCUUCUCCUGAGAGCCAUGUCCGGCCAGAUUGCUACCGGCACUUUAGUCCUCGUUUCAAAGCAUCCGUACCUCCAAAGGCAUUUUCCUCUCCUCUAACCAGUAACAAAAUCCUGAAGCUCAAAACUGUCAUUGGGUACAAUGGGAAUGGCCGGGGAAACAUGGUCUGGAAUCCUGAUACAGGUUUCUUUGCCUACAGCUGUGGCUGCGUGCUCAUUGUGGAAGACCUGCAUUCUGGGGCCCAACAGCAUUGGCUUGGUCACCCGGAAGAGAUAUCCACGUUGGCAGUGAACCAUGAUGCCCAGGUCCUUGCUUCUGCCUCUGGUCAAGGCAGCGGAGACUCGCGCUGUCAGAUCCGCAUCUGGAGCGUCCAGGACAAGGCCUGCCGGAAGGUUCUCUUCCACCACGAGACCCAAGUGCAAGCCAUGGCCUACUCUCGAGAUGACCGCCUCUUUGUCACGUUGGGAGACUACGUGGAUAGGGUCCUGGCACUCUGGAAUGCCCACACGUAUGACCUGAUGUCCUCCACCUGCUUCUCGGAGCCAGUCCAUGAUGUAGCCUUUAGCCUGAUGUCAGUGGGGCACCUGGCCUGCGUCGGAAAAGGAACGGUGACCUUCUGGCUCACGGAGCAACAGGGGGCUGACAUCAGCCUAAAGGUUCACAAAGUUCCUGUCCCUGAUGCAGUCGGUCCAGCAGAGCUGACGUCCCUGUGCUAUAGCACCGGCUGCCUUCUUUACACAGGGACAAAUACAGGACAGAUAUGCGCUUGGGACACCGAGACCAACCGUUGCUUCAUGACCUGGGAGGCUGUCGAUGGGGAAAUUGGUAUCUUGCAGUGUCAUGGGAACAGACUAGUCAGCGGCAGCAACACCAAGAAAAUCCAGCUUUGGUCAGUACUGGCAGUCCAGGAGCUUAGAGUAAAAGGCUCCAGUGCCAGAUCGAGCUCUGUUCUCUUGGAACAGGAAAUGACCCUGGAUGGCACCAUUGUCAGCGCCAUGUUUGACAACUGCAUGGACAUGGGGAUCGUUGGCACUACGGCCGGAACGUUGUGGUACAUCAACUGGGCAGAAAAUACAAGUAUCCGACUCAUCAGUGGGCACAAGAACAAGGUGAGUGAGGUGGCCUUCAGCCCCCAGGAGUCACACUUUGCGACGUGUGGGGAGGACGGCAGCGUCAGGGUCUGGUCCCUGGCCAGCAUGGAGCUGGUGGUGCAGUUCCAAGUGCUCAACCAGAGCUGCCUGUGCCUGGCCUGGAGUCCGAAGCCUGUCUUGGUCACUGGGGCAGAAAGCGAGCGUAUUGUGGCAGGCUACAGUGACGGCACCCUUCGCGUGUUCAGCAUCUCCCGGACGGAGAUGGAACUGAAAAUGCACCCUCACGCUGUCGCUGUUACGGCACUUGGAUACUCCGCAGACGGAGAAAUUAUCUUGUCUGGAAGCAAGGACGGACUCAUGGCCAUCAGUAGCCCACGGACAGGAAUGACCUUUCGCGUCCUGACUGACCACCGGUCAUCCCCCAUCCAUGUUAUCCAAUGCACAAGAAAACAGCGCUCCGAACUUGGCGUUGAAGGCGGCGAUCUCUGGUUGGCUGCAAGCGCUGACCGGCGGGUCAGUGUCUGGGUCUCUGAUUGGAUGAAGGACAAAUGUGAACUCAUUGAUUGGCUGAGCUUCCCGGCUCCCACGGGCCCCGAGGUCCCUAGCCCGCUUCCUCCCAGCCUGGCAGCCUUCUGCCCUUGGGACAGAAAUAUUCUUGCUUAUGUCGGCUAUGGAUUGCAGAAAGAAAUCCUCUUCUACAGUUUGCAGCAGAAACAGGUCAUUGAGACGAUCCCCUUGCCUUCCUUUGCCAUGUCACUGAGCUUGUCCCCUGCUGCCAAAAUCAUAGUUGUUGGCUUCAGUGAGCGUCUGCUAAGGCUGAUCGACCACAAGGUGAGGACAGAGCAAGACUACGUGGGGCACGAUGAUGCCGUGGGCCUCUGCCACUUCACCCCGUCCGGGAAGCAGCUCUUCACAGCUUCCUACAACGAGAUCCUGGUCUGGGAGGUGCAGGUCAGAUGAACAGGAGGGAGAAAACCGCAACACAACGGUAACGCUAUAGAACUGAAACCAGGGCAUCCCAUUCUGUUUUUCCCAGGAUCGGUGUUCAGAUUUCAAAGGCCAUAACCUUCAGACCAUGAGACCAACUUAGAUCAGCAAGAUAAACUAUUUGGGCAUCUUUUUGAAGUGGAAAUGCUUUGUACAUAUGUGCAUAUAGAUUGUAUAGUUUUCUAAAACCGGAAUGGAUUCCAAUACGUUUUGUUGUCGAAGGCUUUCAUGGCCGGAAUCACAGGGUUGUGUGUUUUUCAGGCUGUAUGACCAUGUUUCAGAAGUAUUCUCUCCUGACAUUUUGCCCACAUCUAUGGCAGACAUCCUCAAAGGUUGUGAGGUAUAAUAUAUGCCUGCCAUAGAUGUGGGCGAAACGUCAGGAGAGAAUACUUCUGGAACAUGGCCAUAUAGCCCAAAAAACACACAACAACCCAAUAUAUUUUAUUUUUAUGGCUCUUUUUGCUAAAUUUUCUGGCACAAACAAGCCAGAAAUGACCCAUAAACCUCUUCACAAUGGCAGCGGAUAAUAUAAAAUCACAACAAAGAACCACCCAUUGAAAACAUUUGUGAAGAGGGUCGGAUUACGAAGAAGUAGAGAUUGUAAAAAAUGUGGUUUUUUAAUGAAUCUUUUUUUCUAAGUGGAAGAACAUUUUAAGGAAUAUUUUUAUGAAGAUUCUUGUAUUCAAAAUUUGCAAGAGUUAUAUUUUUUAAGAAUCCUUUUGAGAGAUGAGCCCAUUUAUUCCCUUUGGUUGAGCUUGGCAUAGAACAUAAAUAUAUUUAUUCUCCUAAGUGCUUGUUUCUUAAUUUAUAGUAAGAUGAAAGGAGCCAAAAUGUAUGUUUUUAGUUUGCUUCCAAAUAAACGAAUAUUUGAUAAUA